AUAUCAUUCUCUCGCUCGCAUCGCCCAGAUUUCGUGACGACACUAUCGCAUCUAUGAAAAUUGUCACAAUUCAAACAAACAAUUUUAUAUCUCGUGAGAAUAGCAAAAAGGACGAGACCACAGCUGUCGAACGCUAUAAAGUGCAAAAAGAACAACAACCGAAAAAAAUCAACAAAAUUAUCUUUUUUUGAGCUAUUGUUGCACAAUAUACACAUACUGUGCGCACUGUGUUGGAGAAGAGAAAAAAAAAAACAACGAAGAAACCAAAUUUGUUGAGCAUUUUUUUUUGCUUUCCUGUGCUUCGACACACUGUGAGCGCGCGAGUGCAUAAUUGUUUGUAUAUGCGUACACAGCAAAAUAAGGUGAUACAUGUAUGGACAUAUUACAUUUUGAUGUGGUCUAGUGGAAUUAUUAUCAGUGUGUUUGUUUAUUCUGGCCAUACAGUGAGUUUACAUUGAAAAUCCAGCAGAAAAUUCAUUCAAUCGAAGAAAAUCGACUUAUAUACCUCACAUUCCCUCAAUCUAAUUGAAUUACAAACCAACCGAAAAUCAGUCAAGUUGCAACAGCGACAAAUAUAGCCGAUUUACAAAAAACACAUACCACUAACCAACUGCCAGGAGAGAUAGAGAGAGAUAGAGAGAAAUUCUGAAGCCAAAGCAAAAGGGGAAACAGUUUCAAUUUCUUCUUUCUGGAUGUUUUCCGUCAUUGACAUUACACAUCUAAUGUACUAGUUAAAUUUAGAACUCAUUAAGUGAUUGUGUAUUGAGCUUAAGAACCUGAAACAAAGAACAUUAUUUAUUUGACGCACCCACUACCACACAAAAUAUCUAUAACAAUCUAAUGAGAAUUAUUAAAAAAAAAAAAAGUGAAUUUGUGUUAUCCAUUUGAAUUGCACGCGAUUCAUUCAUAUAUGAGUGUAAAAUUCAAUUAAUUUGUGCUAAUUAAUGUUAUCCAUCCAGUCGAACGCCGAAGGAUAUCAACAUAAAAUCAAUGAAACAUUAUUUUGAACGUUGACAACAUUUUCAAUUGAACAAAAAGCAAAUCAACAACAAAGUAGGACAGGUUUUUAGUUAUCAAAGUAAUUCAUUGUUUGUUUUCCAAGCAACAUCGAGUGCAUUUGACGAAGUUGCAUUGAACGACACAAAUCUAUCACACAUACACAUAAUGGCUGAUUUAAGACGUAGAAAACCAGAUGAUGACAGUGGAAAGCAGGUUGAUGACGAUAAUUUCAAUGCCACGAAUACGGAACGAUGCAUUGGCGAUGGUGCCAAUGGCAGUGAUGAUGAACAACCAUCGUUACUGCAACACAAAAAACCAAACAGCGGUUUAACAACAGCUGAUUCAUCCGAUCAUGUUGACUCUGAAGAAGAGCGAUUACCGGAUGAAAAAUAUGUGGAAAAAUUGGCGAAAAAAUUGCCACAAGGAACGGAUAAAACGCCAGAAGUGCUGGAAGAAGCAUUGAAAGGCUUGCCAGAUAAAUGGAAAAAUUACAUAAUCCGAGGCAUAUUCACGUUUAUUAUGAUAAUGGGAUUCUGUCUCAUCAUCUAUGGAGGUCCAUUGGCACUCAUGAUAACGACGCUUUUGGUGCAAGUAAAAUGUUUUGAAGAGAUCAUUUCGAUUGGAUAUCAAGUGUAUCGCAUUCAUGGAUUGCCAUGGUUCCGCAGUUUGUCAUGGUAUUUCUUGUUGACGUCCAAUUACUUUUUCUAUGGUGAAAAUUUAGUCGACUACUAUGGUGUGGUGAUAAAUCGUGUUGAGUAUCUUCGCUUCCUGGUUACCUACCAUCGAUUCUUGUCGUUUACAUUGUAUUGCAUUGGUUUUGUAUGGUUUGUGUUAUCGCUAGUCAAAAAAUACUAUAUGAAACAGUUCAGUUUGUUUGCUUGGACACAUGUCGCACUGCUGAUUGUCGUGACACAAAGCUAUUUAAUCAUUCAAAACAUAUUUGAAGGUUUGAUUUGGUUCAUUGUACCGGUAUCGAUGAUUGUAUGCAACGAUGUGAUGGCGUAUUUGUUUGGAUUUUUCUUCGGUCGUACGCCAUUGAUUAAGCUCAGCCCAAAGAAAACAUGGGAAGGAUUCAUUGGUGGUGGUUUUGCAACUGUCAUAUUUGGCGUUGUUUUCUCCUAUCUGUUGUGUCAGUAUCAAUUUUUUAUUUGUCCCAUCGAAUAUAACGAAGCGGCUGGCCGCAUGGGCAUGGAAUGCGAACCAAGCUAUCUAUUCAGACCACAAGAGUACACACUUUCACUUGUUAAAAUCAACAAAACAAUCACCAUGUAUCCAUUCCUAUUGCAUUCAUUGUCAAUGAGCGUAUUCAGCUCAGUGAUCGGGCCAUUUGGUGGUUUCUUUGCUUCCGGGUUCAAACGAGCUUUCAAAAUCAAAGAUUUUGGCGAUAUGAUCCCAGGCCAUGGAGGAAUUAUGGAUCGAUUCGAUUGCCAAUUUUUAAUGGCAACCUUUGUCAAUGUCUAUAUUUCCAGCUUCAUACGCACCGCAUCACCAGCCAAACUUCUUCAACAGAUCUACAAUUUGAAGCCCGAACAACAACUUCAACUCUAUAAUUCACUUCGUGAUUCUCUUCAUAAUCGAAGCAUCUUAGAUUAAAUUAAUUUAUAACACUCUAUGUACCUAAGCUCCAACAGAAAAAGUCUAACAACUGAUGAUUCAUGGUCGACGUGCAAGUUGACGGUGUCCCCUAGCAAAAUCUGUGUAUUGAAUUUAUUCGUACCUUAUAUGGUGUUUAUUUUUUAAUGAAAUGGACAAAAUGUGGUAGAAAAAAUCGAAAAAAAAAACUUGUGUAGGGAAGCAAAGAAAAAUUCAAUAUUGGAUAGAUAUAUUAUUUAUAAAUAUGCCUCUAUUCACAAGUUAUAUAUGGUCAUUACAUAAAUGUUAUGAGUAAAUUAUAUAUUGAUGUGUAGACUGUGUAAAAAAACACACAACAUCCUCAAUCCGCAUAGAACAUUAUUGUGAACAAGAACAUAUUUUGAGACAGAGAAAAAAAACAACAAAAAAAAAACCAAGCAUCAACAAGCAUCAAACUUGACGAGAUUUACUAUUAUCUCGAUUGAGAAAAUAAGAUGGGUUCAGAGUCAAUCUGAAUCGAGUGGAUAAGAAUAUUUUUAAUUAAAACAAUCCAUACAUAAAUACACACACAUUUCUAGUCAUUUGCAAACCGAACUAAUGUUAUAUCUCUAAUAUUUAUUAAAUGAAUGGAAAAUAUAGAGAAAACAUAUUUAUAUGUAACAACACAAAAAGAUAUGUAUCUAAAAUAAAUUUAAUCAAACUCAAAACACAGCAAAAAAAAAACAAUGGAUCAGAUAUCAUGUAUAUGAUAUUAUAAUAAAAAAGAGUAUAAAGUGGAAAUCUUUGCUCUAAACGAAUUCAAAAUAAAUAUGUUAUGAAUGUUAUGUUAGGUGAAAAACCCUGAGCAAAUAGUUGUAGAAAAUGUUGAUAGCAACGCCGAUGAUUAUCAAAAAAAAAAUGUUGGCCCAAGAAGAACACACACAAAUGGGAACUGAAUUAAAAUGUUGGCUCACUUGAGAAAUACUCUUGAAAAAAUGCAUAUAAAUAUUUGUCAUAUCUUAAAACGCCAAUAUUUAAAACAAAAACUUAGCAUAUUUCAUUAGUUCUUGCAUUUAAAACGUUUUUAUUGGUUCAGAAGAAUCUUGCUAGACCAAAUCGAUCAAAAGAAACGUAAUCCAGCCAAAAUCAUUGAAAAUUGAUGUCAACAUUUAGGGACCUUUUUAUACGAACUUUUUUUCUAUAUAUUUUUUUAUCAAUCUUCUGUAAUUAAAAAAAAACACACACACACACUCACUUUUUCGACUGAGAACGAUGCCAAAACUGCAAUGAGAAAUUGUUUGGCGUCUAAAAUAACACGCAAAAUCACUCGAAAAAAAUACCACUGAAAAAAAAAAUCAACCAGCAAAUAAUUUUAAUUUGUUUUUGUUCUUUUUUUAAAUCGGACAAAUAAGCAUAGGUGUUGACAAGGGUUCCUGGGGUCCGGAUCAUUCUCCCCCUGAAUAUUUUUGGGGGAACCCUCAAUAUUUUCAUUGGGAUUUUCUAGGGUUUUUUCAUCUUUCGCGGACUCAUAUGCAUUUCUCCCUACGAAAACAUUUUUCCGUCAACACCUAUGACAAAUUGGACUCGACAAGUCACCGCAAAUAUUCUCAUCUAUUUCACUUGUAUUAGUUAAUUUUUAGUUUAUAACAUUUAAUAUACGUAUGUAUGCAAUGCCAACAUAUUCGUGAGUGAGAAAUACGUAUGCAUAACACAAAAAGGUUACCGCUAGCAAAACAUCAAAGUUAUAAAUAUAUUCAGUUUAAGAUAGGAAA